AUGUCAGGCUCCUCGGUCGGCAUUUUCACAUCCUUAGGUGGACAGAGUGCAGUGCUUCUUGCGAAGGUGGAACCCAGUCCCGACUGUUCGGAUUCCCAGAUUCCCUCUGGUUCGUGGAGCGGUCCAAAACAUGAAGCCACCAUUGAUUGUUUUGCAACAUUUUUGUGGACGCUCAGCGAGACCCAGUGCUGCAGGAUGCUGCAGGCAUGUGGAUUUCAUCGAGGCGUCGAGUGGACACCUUUGCAGAGCAUGGAGGGGCGUGGUCAGCCUCAGAUCAUUGGAGAUUUUGAGGCCAAGUCAAAGUUCAACGAGUCUUCAAGUAGGUUCCGGUGCGAUUCCGUGAGUUUGUCGGCGCAGCUUUUAGGCUGUCCUAGAGGCAGUGACGAGCCCGGCCUUUGCAAGCUGACCACAUGGAGUGAAUGGGGCGCUUGCUCGAGUGAGUGCGAUGGUAGCAAAGUUCGCAACAGAUCCAUCGUCGAGUACAUGAAGAAAACGUGUCAUGUUACUGAUGUUGAGACAAUGAUGGAGGUGACCUAUUGCGGAAGUCGCAACUGUCACAACAGGAAAUGUGAAAUGACUGAUUGGACCGAAUGGAGCGAAUGCUCACAUCGCUGUGGGCCUGGGGUGAUGGAUCGAACAAGAGAAGUUACGCAGGGUGGAAAUUGCUCGACUCUCAGAGAGUAUUGUAAGAUUGAUGCUAUCAGAAUCUAUCAGAUCUGUAAGACUUACUUUGACUCUUUGACUUGUGCGAAUGCAAAGCAGGAUGUCGUUGGGACACUGGAGGAGCAAAUCAAGAAGUCUCAGAGUCGUUUGACACCCGCAGAAUCCAGCGGGCAUAAAAUGAAAAGUGUCCGUGAGAAGACAGGCUAG